UCAGUCGGUCGGUAAAGUUUGCUUGUUUUGAGUUUCUGUCUUGUCGACAACCGUUUAAUUCGUGGCAAGCAUUCUCAAUUAUAAUAAUUUACUCGCGUUCGAUUCGAAACCAUGAAACGAGAAAUAUGUGUGAAACUAUUAGGUUUAUAAAGCGUUUGACGUGUUUUGUGAGUUCACCAAAUUAAGUUUAAUAGUGAUGUGUAAGUUAGUGAACAGAUGAUUUGAAACCAUAUGCUCAGUGUUUUGAGAAGUUUUUCCUAGGAAUCCUUCGUAUUCGAGUACUAGUAUAAUUUGACGAAACCUACACAAUAAGUUUUAAAUGAGAGGGAAAGGUGGUAAGCUCCAUUCUCGUAUGAACAAAAAUGUCAACAGAAGAGACUGGAGAGAAUCCUUCGACGGUACCGAGCUUGCCGGGGGUCCCAGAGCAGACGUACCUCUUCCCGAAGGCGAAGGGACACUCGAGAUCCAUCAGCCAUGGAGGUACGCCUAUGCUGGGAGGGAACCCCGCGAGCGCCAGGCCGCCACUCAAGUCGGCUAUGCGGGGCCACCAGCGGGCGCUCUCCCACGGCCAGAUCGGCGACGGGCCGCGCCCCUCGUCCGGGCCGGGCCACAGCCGCACCGGAAGCCGCACGGACUUUAUCCUGCCGCCGGGGCAUCGCGAGCCCGCGCCCGCCAGCGCCCAGCCCCGCCUGGCCUCGGUCCGCGGCCACCACUCGCGGCAGGCCUCGCGCUCCGACUCCAUUUACACGCUCCGGCGAGCGUCGGUGGUGGCUCCGUGGCGUCGCGCCGUUUUCUGGCUGAUGAGACGGCAGCAGCCCACCGUCGAUAACAGACAUUUAACUGUUGUCCCCAACCACUUAGUGCCGGAUAAGACUCCUCCCAAGGAGCAUCCGAACGGCCAGAGGUGCAACAAUAAAAUUAGAACUACCAAGUAUACACUGCUAUCAUUUAUUCCAAAGAACCUGUUUGAGCAGUUUCACAGGAUAGCAAAUGUGUACUUCAUAUUCAUAGUGCUGUUGAACUGGGUUCCUGCCAUUAAUGCAUUCGGAAAGGAGGUGGCCAUGCUGCCCGUGUUGUUUGUGCUCGGAGUGACCGCCAUUAAGGACUUGUUCGAGGAUCGCCGGAGACACCAGUCCGAUAAGAGAAUCAACAACUCCUACUGCCGAAUAUAUAGCAAAGCAGCGGAGCGGUACGUGCGGGUGAAGUGGCGCGACGUGCGCGUGGGGGACCUGGUGCACCUGUCCAACAACGAGGCGGUGCCGGCGGACAUGGUGCUGCUGCACUCCGCCAACCCGCUCGGCAUCGCCUACCUCGACACCUGCAACCUCGACGGCGAGACCAACCUCAAGCAGCGCCUCGUCGCGCCCGGCUUCCGGGAGAAGCACCUGGAGUUCGCGCCGCAGAAGUUCAAGAGCUCGGUGGAGGUGGAGCGGCCGUCGACCAAGAUCUACCGCUUCAACGGCACCAUCUCCCACCCCGGCGGGCGCCGCGUGCCGCUCUCCUCCGACCACCUGCUGCUGCGCGAGUGCACCAUCAAGAACACCGACUACGUGGAGGGCAUCGUCGUGUACGCCGGCCACGAGACCAAGGCCAUGCUCAACAACGGCGGGCCGCGGUACAAGUGCUCCAAGCUCGAGCGCAAGAUGAACACCGACGUCAUCUGGUGCGUGCUGGUGCUGCUGUUCCUGUGCUGCGCCGGCGCCGUCGGCUGCAAGCUGUGGCUGGACCAGUACGGCGACUACCGCACCGUGCCCUUCCUGCCGCCGAACAUGGGCCGGCCCGCGUACGAGGGGCUGCUGAUAUUCUGGACGUACAUCAUCGUGCUGCAAGUGAUGAUCCCGGUGUCUCUGUACGUGACGAUCGAGAUGACGAAGCUGCUGCAGGUGUACCACAUCCACCAGGACGUGGACAUGUACGACCCGGUCACCAACACGCGCACCGAGUGCCGCGCCCUCAACAUCACGGAGGAGCUGGGUCAGGUGAGCUACAUGUUCAGUGACAAGACGGGCACGCUCACGGAGAACAAGAUGGUGUUCCGGCGGUGCACCGUUGGGGGGGUCGAUUACGACCACCCACCCGGACCCCCCGCCGACCCGUCGCCCGACCUGCCGCCCAUCGUCACGCCCGUCACCAGCGUCUCCCCCAACAGGAGAUUGCUCCAGCACUUGCUGGACGCGAACGAGACGCAGCACACGCAAAAGGUCCGGGAGUUCCUGCUCAUCAUGGCGGUGUGCAACACGGUGGUGGUGAGCCAGCCGCACGUCGACGACAUGACGCCCGCCGCCAGCGACAGCUGCCGCGACAUAAAGGCCCGCUCCAACGGCACGCUGCGCUCCAACGACAAGUACGCGCGUCUGACGGAGUCGCGGUCGACCACGCCGUCGCCGCCGCCGUCGACGACGUCGCCGCUGCGGCUGCGACUGCCGAAGCUGCCGUUCGCCAGCCGCGACGACAGCGCCAGCGAGCCCAGCUCCACCGACAUACAGGUGGCGCGUUUCGAGGCGGAGAGUCCGGACGAGCUGGCGCUGGCGGAGGCGGCGCUCGCGUACGGGUACGAGCUGCGGCGGCGCGCGCCCGAUGAGCUCGAGCUCGGCGUGCGCGGCGACCUCACGCGCGUGCGGGUGCUCAGGGUGCAGCAGUUCGACUCCUACCGCAAGUGCAUGUCCGUCGCGCUGCGCACGCCCGCCGGACAGGUAGUUGUGUACGUGAAGGGCGCGGACAGCACGGUGCUGGGCGCGCUGGCGCCGGUGCGCGCGGGCUCGUCGGAGGCGGCGGCGGUGGAGCGCACGCGUGCGCUGCUGGCCGAAUACUCGCGCGCCGGCCUGCGCACGCUCGUCAUGGCGCGCCGCACCAUGUCGCCGGCGCUGUGGGAGGAGUGGCUGGCGGGGCACGCGCGCGCGUCUGAGAUUGGAGAAGGUCGGGAGAAGCGUAUACGGGAGUCGCUGGCGCGACUAGAGAGUGCGUUGACGCUGGUCGGCGCGUCCGGCGUAGAGGACCGCCUGCAGGAGGCGGUGCCGCGUACGGUGCGCGCGCUGCUGGACGCCGGCAUCGUGCUGUGGGUGCUGACGGGCGACAAGCCGGAGACCGCCAUCAACAUCGCCUAUUCCGCCGCACUCUUCUCGCCCGCCGACCGCCUGCUGCACCUCAUGUCGCGCGACAAGGAGCACGCGGAGUCGACGAUCAAGAGCUACCUGGAGGGCGGGGCGGCGGAGGGGGCGGGGUCGGCGCUGGUGGUGGACGGGCGCACGCUCACCUACAUCCUCGACCGCCGCUCCGGUCUCGUCACGCCCUUCCUGUCGCUCGCGCGCCGCUGCUCCGCCGUGCUGUGCUGCCGCGCCACGCCGCUCCAGAAAGCUUAUAUUGUCAAGGCGGUGAAGGAGGAGCUAGGCGUGACGACGCUGGCGAUCGGCGACGGCGCCAACGACGUAUCCAUGAUACAGACAGCAGACGUCGGCGUCGGUCUGUCGGGGCAGGAGGGUCGGCAGGCGGUGAUGGCGUCGGACUUCGCGCUCUCGCGGUUCAAGUUCGUGGAGCGGCUGCUGCUGGUGCACGGCCACUGGUGCUACGACCGCCUCGCGCGCAUGAUCCUAUACUUCUUCCUCAAGAACGCGACGUUCGUGUUCAUGGUGUUCUGGUACCAGGUGUUCUGCGGGUACUCGUCUUCGGUGAUGAUCGACCAGCUGCACCUGAUGGCCUACAACCUCGUCUUUACCGCUUUCCCGCCCAUCGUCAUCGGCGCGUACGAUCGCGUGGCGCCCGCGGGGUUACUCCUCGACCGGCCGGGGCUGUACGGGGCGAGCCGGCGGGGCCGCGCCUACCGCCCGCACUCGUACUGGGCGGUGCUCGCCGAGUCCGUGUACAUCAGCGUGGUGGUGUUCGGCACCGCCGCCGCCGCCUACUGGGACUCCGCCCUCGACAUCUGGCAGUUCGGCGUCACCACAAUGACCGGCUGUCUCGUCGUCAUGCUCGCCUACGUCGCGAUCAAGACGAGGAGCUGGACGAUAAUCCACCUGCUGGCGCUGUCGGGGUCGCUGGGCUCGUUCUUCGUGCUGACGUUCAUCUGGCAGUCGGUGUGCACCACGUGCUUCCGGCUGCCGUCGACGUACUACGUGAUACACCACGCCUUCGUCGACCCCGUCUACUGGCUCGUCGUCAUACUGUCCACGGUCGCCGCGCUCGCGCCCAGACUGGCGUUCGAGGCGUGCCGCAACUCGGUGCGGCCGGGCGCGCUGGGGCGGGCGGUGCAGGCGCGCCGCCGCCGCCGCCCGCCCUACGCCGCCCACUACCACACCACCACCGCCUCAGCACACGUCUACAGGCCGACGGACGAGGACGGGUUGCACAAGACGAGCUCGGACGUGGCGGCCAUCACGUGACGUCACAGCGCCCCGCCCCCGCGCCCCGCCCCCGGGACAACCCCCAGGCUGUGAUCUGUCUAGAGUAGUGUAGAUUAAUGUCGUGUGCUACGCGACGGGACCAAGCAGUCGCGCCGUGCCUUUGGGCCCUUAUCUUGUCGUGCGUGUUGUCCGCAUCUGCCCCGCAUGCGAGUUGCCCGCAUAUUUCAUAGAUGUUUAUCCUGUCAUGUGGACAGCACGGGGCCAAGAGCAUGUUGUGAUAAUACGUAUCUAUGACAGAUAAAGGGCCCUUUAGCUCGACCAGGAAAGAGUGUGAAAACUCAAAAUGUCAUUUAUGUAAUCGACAACUGACAACUCAUUUGGUUUCUAGUGGUGUACAAUAAUUUCCUGGUCGAGUGUGUGAUUUGCGGCACUAUAAAUGCUUAGAUCUGCCAACGCUAUUUAUAUUAUGAUAGUAUUAUUUUGUUCGGCGCAUUUACGAGCGAUUCUGAGUAGCAUCGUUGACGCAAUAUUAUAUUAAUAUUGUAUAUCGUAGAGGGUUCCGCGCCGCGUCGUGUUCCCUUAGUCUAUAUUUUUUUCGACGUGCUGUUGAAUUUUUAGUAGAACUAAUCUCUCCCGUUGUCUUAGUUGAUAUACCAGUUCUUUAUAUCAGGGCUCGGUGGUUUUCAAAUUGUUUUAACAUUUGAUACGUAAAUAAACGACUGAGUAAGUAUCGGCGGUGGUUUUGUAACUUUUUUUUAUUCGAACAACUCGUAUGUAACGCUUGCUACACGCCAAUCACUGAAAAACGCACCGAGCCCUACUUUAUUAUUAUAUUGUAAUUAUAAAAGACGAAUGUUGCGUGCGAGAGUUUCGAAGCGGUUUCGAAAAUCGCCCCCGUGUUCAUGUUACCUGUGGUGAAAAUUGUAUGAGAUGUGUAUUUUUGUACGGAAUAGAUUUCAGGCUUCCUUCGUAGCUUAUAAAGCGUCCUUGCCUUACUUGAGACUGCACGCGUUCAGAUUUAUCUCCGAACACUGACCAUAUACUUACUAAACGAAAGAACUGACAAAGUAGAAUAAACCGCUGUAAACUAUUUAGAUCGCGGCUCCUUAUUAGUAGAUUAAUUCGUUGAUCGUGUGUAGCGUUAUAAUCGGUCCCGCUUCGUUUUUAAGUCUCGUGUUUUUGACCAAUCGUGUUCUUCGUAACUUUUGAGACGACUAUUAAGAUGUUUGAUAAGCUCAGUUCACGUGGAUUGUUACCAAAUGUUGGACGCCGGAGAAAUACACUGAGCGGCGUCGCCUGCGCCGUUACAUUGCCUCUGACAUGCCUCUUAUGCCCAUGACAUAAGGGUCAAUUUAAAGUCCGAGGCAAAUGACUGAACGGCCUGUAGCGCCGAAAUUACAUUCCCAGUGUUGACUGCGCUUGUGCGACGCGACCCCGUAGCGCGUUUGUGUCGCACCGGUGUAGUCUCCACAGAGUUGGGGCCACGUUGUAACGGUGCGUUGCGUAUCGAAAAUAUGUAGCUGCGUUGCACCGACGACAAGACGAUAACCAGUAUUGAUUGGACAGAUGGCAUUAGGCAGACGGCGGACCAACGUAAUUUGGUUGGUUUGUUGUUAUUCAAGUAAUUAUAAUGGUUAUUAAAUCUUGAUCGGUAUACUUGACAGCAUCCCACUUUCAGUAAAUUUUUCUAAUAUUACAAUGUGGUACGUCAUAAAUCAGAAUAUUAUAAUAAAAUGUAUGUCGGAAUGUCGCAAUGCAUAGCAGCAAUGUAGCUUCGCUCUUAGAUAUUAUGCUGUUUGCUCACCGCGAAGCGUUAGAGCGAGAUGCAACAUACGCGUUGCCUUUUGUCGUGUGAGACAGAAGAUCUGUCGGCCGCUUCUUCGCGGUUCGCGGCGUCGGUAUGCAAACAGCCAGUAAACGGUAUAUUUUGUAGGAAAUAUUUUUUUAAUAGUAUGACAUGAGAUUUCUUCCGUGUGUUCUGUAUAGUGUAAAAUUUUGUUAGUGUUGCAGUAACUCGAUCAUGCCUUAGACACUUGAAUUUGUGAUUAAAACUUUUAAUAUUUCGUCAAUUUAUUGUAUUGGGUAGAAGUGUGCAAGUGGCAUUUAGUACUUUAAUAUUCAAAUUAUAUAUUUUACAAUGACUCUAUGAUAUUUUCGUACUAACAACAAGGAUAGAAACAGGUUGGAGAAUAUCAUACAGUUGGCAAGAUAAUUGAGAUAUAGUGAAGUUAAGUUUACGAUGUUAUAACCAUAAAGUUAAUAUACCUAGCGGAAUAGAU